GUGCUUUGUGGUUCGCAUCAUUGUGGUGCUAUCUCUGCCCAGUGGUUGAGGCCGUGGGACUGCGCAGAUUUGAGAACCCGGAUGGGCACCCACGAGAAGCAAACACCCGGAUGGCGAUGCUGCACGCUCCUUCCUGCUGUAAAAGACCGCACAUUGCCAUUCACCACGCCGACAUGGCUGCCUCUUCAUGUUUCUGCUCCCUUGAUUAUCUGUGCAGUACAUGCUCAUGGGCCUAUACCAGACGAUCGCGCAUUCCAGCCAACUACUACCCCGAUCAGCCUCUAGCCGAACGUUACCGACAGCCUCCCCAUGCGUCGACCAUCGAGCGAAGAUCUUGCAAUGCCUUCGAGUCCGAAUACCACGCUUUAUCGAGCGAGCGAUCAGAUCGGAUAAGUUCCCGUCUACGCCUGGCAUUCAGCUACAGUCACAAAGGAUGGUCGUGCUGCUGCCAGGACAGUUAUGCGUAUUGCGAACUGCGGACUGGUGGCUCGACGAGUUACACCCAACAUCGCUUCUCAUACAUGGGACAAGAAGCCUUGACAUAUCGAAUCGACCUGGCACAACUCGGUUGCUGCAAGUGGGCAGCGACUUAGAACAUCUGCGAACCUAUACAACCGAUCUAGCCGCGCCAAGUGGCGUUCUUGAUCAGGCAAACCAUCCCUCAAGACUAUGCCACGUCGUCCGCCCCACCAGGGAACGAUCUCGUUUGCGAAACUCUAUUUCCAGUCAGCCGAGCGCUGUCCCACGCUAAGCAGCCUGUCGUCCUGUAUCAGGAUUCUGCGGUCUGGCCAUGCUCGCCUAGAUCAUGAUGUGGCCGGGACGGUCAACGGUCUCCAAGUUUGCUAGAAGCACCCUGCCUG